CCUAACCUGAACCCUUUUAGCUAACCCUAACCUUAACCACUAACCCUAACCCAUAGAGCUAAGCUACAUAGCCACCUAGAUCAGUGGUUUCCAACCAGGGGUUCUUGGCCUAUCCACAGGGGGUACAUCAUGAGAAGAUAAGCUUACUGGUCAAAUGCACAUGGGGAGUACUUCAGGGGUACUCCUGGCAGAGCAAAAUUCAGUUGGUGGUGCAGUAAAGCAAAAUAACUUUAGACACAACAAAUUGCAAAUCGUAACAUAUCAUACGAAUUAUAUUUCGUAACAUAUCAUACGAAUUGUAUUUCGUGACAUAUUAUACGAAAUGGAUGAUGGAAGUCCCGCGAUUAAUACAAACCAUAUGCCUACGAAAAGUAACAUGUAAUAAAUGGGGUGUCUCGGGUUUACCUACAGGAUAAUACGACAUGUUCUGAGCACGUUGAGGGAGGGCUUCCCUUGUGGUAUAGACACUUUUUUUUGUGUGUGAAAAGCACCACCACUACUACUGUUGCCACGCGUCCGGCGCAGUGGCAUGGUGAUCCCCUGGUGCCCUCAAUUCCCUGAUGUGUCAGCCAAAGUCCAUGCCAGGAGGGUGUGAGAUGGCACUUGAUGGCCUCCAAUGGAGCUGAAGACAAGUUGAAUACAAGGGCCUCCUGCUCUCGGUCAUCAAACCUCAUUAUUCGAGCCAAGUCAGCAGUGUUUCAUACUGCUGACAGUCACACUAGGCCCUUCAGCUCGCAUGAGAAGAAGACCCUUCAGUCCUGUGCCAGAGUCCCCCAGGUCACCAGUGACUCUAUAGGUCAGCUGAAUGCAAGGGUGGGUCAGACUCAGAAGAACCAGCUCCAUACUGCCUCAGGGACCCCUCUACAACGUGCCUUCAACCGUUCUGUGCCUGCUGCCACUUACCUAGCUAACAAGCCACAGCGUCCUGGUAGCGCAGGUGCUAAUUUAGCUAGUGGUCAUAGUAAUGGUCACUGUCAACCAACUGUUCUCUCUAAGAGUACACAGAUAUCCAGUGCUGACAUUAUCUCAUACAGACAUAACCCUGGUGUGUUGGAGCCAACCGUAAACAGCUAUCGGCACAGCUGCAACUUGGACUCACUAAAGUUAAGAUCACGGAUCCUGGCCCGCAAAAGAGCCUUGUCGCCCCAGCCUGCUCCCUAUCCACCGUGUCCCUGUCCACCGAAGGCAGAACGUGUCCCAGACGCGCAAAACAACUCAGCGUCACAGCCUGCUGAAAGCACCAACACCACCAGCAUGCCCACCAACCAGUCAGUCCCCUGGACCAGUGGCAAGCUGAGAGACAAUAGCAAAGGGUUUAUGAGGCCCACUAUGGGUAAAGUGCCUUCCUGUUCCAGACAGGAGACUACCCAGACAAGAGACUCAGCAAAACCUUUGUCCCCCCAGACCAAAUCGGCCUCCUAUUGCCGUAGGGGGGACAAUGGGGAUGGCAAAACCCAGACUAAGUUCACACACCACCCCCACAACACUGUGCCUUUGCAGGAUAGGUCAUCCCACCACCAGGAUGUGUCACUGGAUCAGACAUGGAGGCUCCAGGACCCGCAUCAGUUUGAGAGCCCGAUGGCAGCAGACAUGGAGGGUCACUCCCAGAGGCUGGGCUUUUGUGCUGCUGUCCACGAAGCUCCUAGAGCUCCUCAUAACACAUCAACAGAGAGGAUCAGGAAGGUCAACUCUGAGGUGGAGUAUACUGAGGCCGUGAGGAAGAUGACACAGUCACGGAGCGCAAUCACCCUUCAUCCCAGGAACGGGACUGUUAUUAGUUUUACUACUGGAACACCAGGGUCCAACGUGGAUCCAGUCCAGCUGGGCAAAGCAAUGACUAAUAGCCCUGUCAUCUCUGUCAGCCACAGCCCUGCUCCAGCCAAACCCUCUGUACCACUCUGCCUUACUAUGAGAGACCAGCCUGUGUCCAUGGAGACCUCCAGUGCCUCUGGCCUCGACAGUAACACCACAACAAACAGUAGUAGCACAACAGCCUCCAUGGCACCUCUACCCCAUGCAGGGAUAACUCCAACCCAGUCCUUUACCCAGGCCAGUGCCACAGCUAGUUCUACUGCAGGGAUAACUCCGACCCAGUCCCCUACCCAGGCCAGUGCCACAGCUAGUUCUGGUGUAGGGAUAACUCCGACCCAGUCCUAUAGCCAGGCCAGUGCCACAGCUAGUUCUGGUGUAGGGAUAACUCCGACCCAGUCCUAUACCCAGGCCAGUGCCACAGCUAGUUCUGCUGCAGGGAUAACUCCAACCCAGUCCCUUACCCAGGCCCCUGCCACAGCUAGUUCUGGUGUAGGGAUAACUCCGACCCAGGCCAGUGCCACAGCUAGUUCUGGUGUAGGGAUAACUCCGACCCAGUCCUUUACCCAGGCCACUGCCACAGCUAGUUCUGGUGUAGGGAUAACUCCGACCCAGUCCCCUACCCAGGUCAAUGCCACAGCUAGUUCUGGUGUAGGGAUAACUCCAACCCAGUCCCCUACCCAGGUCAGUGCCACAGCUAGUUCUACUGCAGGAAUAACUCCGACCCAGUCCUAUACCCAGGCCAGUGCCACAGCUAGUUCUACUGCAGGGAUAACUCCGACCCAAUCCCCUACCCAGGCCAGUGCCACAGCUAGUUCUGGUGUAGGGAUAACUCCGACCCAGUCCUAUACCCAGGCCAGUGCCACAGCUAGUUCUACUGCAGGGAUAACUCCGACCCAAUCCCCUACCCAGGCCAGUGCCACAGCUAGUUCUGGUGUAGGGAUAACUCCGACCCAGUCCUAUAGCCAGGCCAGUGCCACAGCUAGUUCUGGUGCUAGUUCCAUCCCAGAGAACACUGAGAUGGGUUCUGAGUCCGCCUCGGGUUCUUCUCAGAGUCAGAGGCCUUCUGUCACCUCGGUGACCACCCAGAUAUCAGCCAUACAUCUGACCAAGGAGAGGAGUGUCCUGUCUCUACAGGGGGGCCACAGCCCCUCCCAGUCCCCACCUGGCCUGGGGGAGGAACAGCAGGCUGAGUCGCCUCAGCUCCCCAGUCCACAGAGUGUUACCAUGCAGGAGGAUGGAGACAGAGGGGAAGAGGACUAUCCUGAUGAUGAGCUGGAGAAUGACUGCAGUGGUGGUGAUGAUGAUGAAGGGUCUGACUGCUCCUCUAUGAAUGAUGCCUCGUCCACAGCCUCCAUACCCGUUCUGCCAAAUAUAACGGAUGAGGAGGUGAUGAGCCCUGAGUUAGAGGUGAAGCCUGCUCUGAUCCCCAGCAUGUUCCCCCUCAUCCCCCCCACACUGUACUUCAGCACUGCCAACCAGAGAGUGGAGCCCCUGCCACCAGAACAGAGGAAGCUGCUCAAAUGGAAGAUGAGCACUGUGACUCCCAACAUCGUCAAACACACCAUCGCCAGGUCACACUUUAAAGUCACCAAGAAAAGUCAUGAUUGGCUUGGCUGCUGGGGUCACCAUAUGAAGUCCCCUGGGUUCAAGGCCAUCAGGGAAUACCAGAAGUUAAACCACUUCCCCGGCUCGUUCCAGAUCGGUCGUAAAGACCGUCUGUGGAGGAACCUGUCUAAGAUGCAGGCUCAGUUUGGUAAGAGGGAAUUCAGCUUCUUCCCUCGCUCCUUCGUUCUUCCUCAGGACAUCAAGCUGCUGAAGAAAGCCUGGGAGGACAGUGGUAGCAGGCAGAAAUGGAUCAUCAAGCCGCCUGCGUCUGCUCGGGGUAUUGGAAUCCAGGUUAUUCACAAGUGGAGUCAGAUGCCAUGCAAGAGACCGCUCCUAGUGCAGAAGUAUCUGCACAAGCCCUAUCUCAUCAGCGGGAAUAAGUUUGACCUGCGUAUCUAUGUGUACGUGACGUCUUACGACCCGCUCCGUGUUUACAUCUUCCAAGACGGACUUGUCCGUUUCGCCAGCUGCAAGUAUUCGUCGUCUAUGAAAAGCCUUGGCAACAAGUUCAUGCACCUGACCAACUACAGCGUGAACAAGAAGAACUCAGACUAUCAGAGCAAUGACAGUGACAAGGCCUGCCAGGGACACAAGUGGGCUCUGAAGGCGCUGUGGCAUUACCUGGGUUGUAAGGGAGUCAACACUACGCUGAUCUGGGAGAAGAUCAAGGACAUCGUCAUGAAGACCAUCAUUGCGUCUGACCCGUACGUCAACACGCUGGUCAAGCUCCACCUGCGCUCCCCCUACAGCUGUCAUGAGCUGUUUGGCUUUGACAUCAUGCUGGAUGAGAACCUCAAGCCUUGGGUUCUGGAGGUCAAUAUAUCUCCAAGGUAACAAACAGUACA